GAUUUAAUUAGGCCUUGUAUUUCACGUACUUCAACAGUGCAUCUUGUUUUGAUUAAGAAAACGUCUUAAUUAACUACAUACCAGCACGCUAAACGCAACUGAUGUCAACAGCGUUUCAAUGAACAGUAUUCGAAUACGUCUUAUUUUGGAUCAUUCUUGCAUCUUAUCCUUGAAUAAUUGAAUAGGUAAAUUAGAACUGGAACGACAAGACGGUGCAUUCGCCUGGAGACUGGCAAACACACCUGAGAUUGACGAGAUGUCUGGAAUAACAUUGCUGCACCCAUAGAAGGCCCAACUCUCAGUCUCUGUUUAUUGCACAGAUGAUUUCAUUGCCAUAUCUGCUAUUUGUUUGCGUUGGCCUGUGUAAAAUCAUAUCUUGUGUGUUGAUGGAUUACACAACGGAGCCAGUAUGUGUCAUAUUAAGCAAGCUAUCAAAACAGCACUAGGAGUUUCUCUCACUUUGCUGGCAGAUCCAUCGCCAACCGCUCUCACCUCUGGGUUUGUUUGCGGUCUGGAUGGAUACUCAUCAAUGCAGGAGCCUUGUAGACUAAAGAGGGAUUGGGCUUGAUUUGUACAUCCCUCUUGACAAAUGACAUAAAUACACAUUAAGCAGUGAAAGCGUUUGUUUUAGGAACUCUUUAAAACCCCUCCAGAGGCCAAGAAAUGCUCCAUACAACAAAAACCUUGCAGUGCUUUUUAAGCUGGGAUGGGGAGUGGGGUGCAGAGGCAUGGAGUCUGGUUGAGGUUUUGGAUGGGAGUAGAGGAACUCUGGCCACAUGAAGACGCCCAGUCACUUGAUCUCAAAGAUUUUGACUUUGUGAUUUCUCACGUUAUUGCUCAAUCGCACACCCACACCCUUCACUGUGUUCAGGCACGCUGUUUGGUACGCGCUUUGCUCUAUAGACCGCAGCUCAGCGGGCCCUGCAGGGUCUGCGGCGCUGGUCGCUCUCUGGCAUAAAUCAACAUUCAUUCAGUCAUUCUGAUGAAGUAUAAUUGUGAAAGAAGACGGGCUGUAAAAGGACCUGGUUUCUGGAAUUUAUCUCCAAUUAAAACAGCUUUUCAUUUGACAUUUCUGGACACAAAAACUGCUUUCAUUCUAACAAAUUCAAAUGAGAGGAAAGAAGUGCAUAUGAUUUAAAAAAACAUUUUAAUACUUAAGUCCAAGUCCAUGCUCAUGGCUGGAUAGAUACUGAUUUUUUUUAUUUUAAUUUAAUUUAAUUUCAGGGUCUGAUGGUCUCAACUUCAGAUACCCUUGGACUGGCAAGAGUUUGUUUGAUGAUCGUCUGAUUAUUACUUAUUACGGCACACUGGAAAGCAUUUCUUGAUCAGGGUUUUGGUGGUCUCCAGGAAGAGGGGGACAGAAAGGUUCACUUCCAGGCUAUGUAUGACUCCAAUCAAAUGACUACUCUGCUAUGGCCUUCUCUCAGUAACAGGCAACAGACUCAAAAGAGGAGAAUGUAAACCAGAACACUUCUGACCCAGAAAUUCUACACCUUCAGAAGAAAAGCCCAGAUAUGGUGGAAUGUGUUCUAACAUUUCCUCCACUGGUCCGUUCAGCCACACAAGGAUACAGAUGCUACAGUAUGACCCAGUUUUUGCUGACAAAGCCUUUAUUCUGGGUACGAUCGAGACGGUGGUCUGAAUAUGGCUGACGGCCUCAAAUAUCACCCAGUCUGCUAGAGAGAAAGAGAGAGCGAGAACGAGAGCGUAACUCCAUGUGAGACAGAGGGGGAGGUGAACGCAAGGAGGACCUGUAAAGGGGCUGUACAAACUAGCCAUAACAUAUACACCGAAGCACUUGGGAGUACAGGAAGCAGCAGUUGAGAGGAAGAUCAUUGACUCAUUGUACCAGAAACCAUUUGUUUAAAAUCCAAACAUAUGGACUGAGCACAAUUAAGCCUUGCUUGAAAGUUUAGCGAUUACAAUAGCCGCAGUCAGAACAUUUGGACAACCUUUCGGCUGAAUGUGUUUUUUUCAUGUGCUAAAGAAACGACAGGAAAGCACCAAGCACUCCCCUUCAUCUUAACAUUGUUGAAACAUUUUGAGAGCAAGGGCUACACGUGCCUUUAAAGAAACAGUCUGCCUCGGGGAGAUUGCGAUAAACUCGAGGGACAUGUUUUGGUGACUUUGACUCAAAAAGAAAGACAAAUAUCUGGAUAAGACAUCGAAAACAGACGCAAAUAGAACAGAGGACAGUCUGCCAGCCUUUGCCGCAUUUGCACAAGAGCAUAUCCCAGUUGUGAAAUUUUCUUGGCACUUUUCCAUGGGAACUGAUCCAGGGUGCAUUGAGAAGUACCUCCAGGGAGGUCUUGUUAGAGUUUGAAUAAUAUUGUGUGGAUUGAAAGCAAAAGUACAUUUCUCAGCUCAUCUCUGGGCGGAAGCGCGUCUACUCCGAAGGAUUACCGUGAAGAAAAUGUCCAGCAAAAUGUAGAGCUUUAGUUUAACUUUGAUCCUGCUUUUGAUCCUUGUUUCUUCAAAAAUCGGGAAGCAUAAAACAGUCAGCGGAUCCCGAAACCACCUCUUACAAGUCAAACUUACGCCCCAGCUGAGAAAAAGAAAGCUUUUGUCAUACCCAGGCAAGUGUGCCGGCUAAAAGGGGGCUCAGCGAAAGAAGAGAGUCUCUUAGGCAAGGACGAAGUGAGGCGGGCUGGGAUGGAGUGCAAGCAUGAGCCUGCUAGAAGAGGGGACAGCUGGGGUGGGCCUACCACUACAACAUCCUCCACCCUCAACAAGACAGGAGCAAACACGUCCCUGGAGAGGCACAGUACUAACAACUUGGAGAAGGAUGACCACCACUGUGGGGUCAAAGCAAAGCCAGGCUUGACGUCCUGCCAGAUGGAGCGGAAAACAAACCUCAGCAGAAGUGCCAGUUUGUCGGAGAAGGAGCUGAAGGAGGCACGGACCAAGAGUCAGAUCAUUGCUGCUCAGCUCCAGGCCAAUUCCAACUCUAAAGGCGUCCAACUUUUCAACCGGCGCAGACAGAGAGUGAACGCUUUCACACUUGUAAGCGUCGGAGGAGGGGGAGUGGAGGCAUCCAAGAAUGUAAUUGAUUCAUCUUUUGAAAGUCCACGGACAUGGAACAAACAUCACUUGACUGAGGACCAGGACAAAGAGUUGAAUCGUAAGAACCUCACGUGGAUGGCCGGCAGAAUCAGCAGUACUGGGAGUGACAUGGAAGAUGCUAGUGAGGUUACACGGGAGGAUGUAGCAGAAGAAAGCGGCCAAGACAGACACUUUCUCCCUGUCAACGAGAAGGAUGAGGAGCUCUCAGAAGACCUCACGGAGCAUGUGAAGGAAGAGGUUACUCUUAGAAGUGAUAAUACCACUGCUGUUAUGGACAGAACUGGUCAAGAUGAAGCUGAAGGCAAUGGAGCACACAAUAAAGAAAUCCCAAAUGGAUACAGUGCACAAUGCAAUGGAAAAGCAGAUAAGACGGUGACUAAACAGCCCACCAUCAUGAACAGAACAGCUCGCCCAUUUUUCUCCCCGACAACAGUAAGAUCCUUUGAAGCUACAAGUCCAGUCAUGGACAUCCUUCCAGCCCCAUCUGAUGACUCUACAACACACUUUGAACCUUCAACUUACCCAGUGCACCCAAGACCUGUUUUCUCUCCACCACCACCUCCACCUUCGUAUCCAACGCCUCCUCUCCCCAGCUACUCCAGCCCUCCUCCACCUAACACAGCCCAUGCUCCCUCACCUCAGCCUUCUUCUUACAUCCGCCCAUAUGCCCCCAGGCCUACAUUUGUCCCUAACCAUAUGAGUGAGAAGAUAUCUGUAACUCCCAUCAGAUCGGGCAUCCUUGAUGAGGGCCGGGCUCGCAGAGCGACCCGCAAGUCGAUGUUCACAUUUCAGGAGAAGCCAAAAGUGGCUCCGAAUCCCGAACUCCUGUCCUUGGUGCAGUGUGCAGAUGGAAAGAAGAAAAAACCCCAGCCAGAUGCAGGGCAGGAAGAGGAGCUGCUGGCUCUCGGGGAUGAAGCCUCAAACUUCCUGGCCAAAGACGAGGAUAUUCACGAGGAAGCUGCGGUGCCAGAGUGGGCCUCGAGUUUGAAAAGCUCCAGGACACGUGCCAGGAUAGAGCACAAGCCUGAGCAAACCCUGACCAAUGCUUCAGGAAAAGGAGCCGAACUGUUUGCCAAACGCCAGUCGAGGAUGGAAAGGUAUGUCCAUGACAGCAAGGACCCGAGAUCUCCCUCUCCUACCAUGUCCUUGCCUCCUUCGUGGGUGUAUCCAUCCAACAUGCCCGGUCGAGUAAAGGCCAUAGUAAACUCCUCCAAUAUAAGUACACAAAUUUCAAAAACACUUCAAGCUCAGCAGGCAACUCAGAAAAAGACUGUCCCUGCCAAAACGCCAGCACCUGUUCCGGCUCCACCUCCAGAAAUACCCUUGGAGAAUGGCUGCACUAAAAUCGAGAUGGAGCUGUCCAAACAUCAGCCAUACCAGCUCAACUCAUCCCUCUUUAUCUUCAACCCAAUGAAAGAUCCCUACAGCACUCUUCCCAGAGCCGCCCCAGCUCCUAAAUCUGUCGUGACAGCUCACUCCUACUCCAGACAAUCAUCCCUUCCAACAAGCCCAUUGCCAUCACCCUACAGCCCAUCUGCCGCCUAUCGGUCAGCCCAUUGCUUUUCGCCUCCUAUGAUGCCUCUCAGUCCCAUCAAAGCAGGCAGUGUCAGUUCCCCAGUGUCACCUUUAGCUCCAGAUCGUGUGGCUUCACCUCACUCUGGCGUCCAAGCUCCACGUCCCACGUUCUCCACCAAAAAAGCUGGUAUCAGCCCACAGAUUAAGGAGGAGACCCCGGCACCAAUCAAUAGCCCCGGCUCCACCACCCCAACCUCCAGGACGCCCAACCUCACUAGAUGCUUCACCAGCCCUGAGGUGCUUUCCAGCACUGUCUGGUCCCCCAGCAGCCCUCUAGUGACCUCUACAUCAUCCAGCCCAAUCUACAAGCCCACACCCAUCUCCCACUCACGGCUCAUCCAUAAGCCCGUCACGACAUGCCCUUCCCCAAGCCCUAUCCACAAGCCCAUUGCAACCACUGCAUCUCCAGGUACCAUCUUCAAGCUGACCGCCACCUCUCCUGUAUCUCCACACUGGGAAACCAGGUGCCAGUCCCCAGCUGUCAGCCAGGACACCAAAGCCAACCACCGCAUUUUGGCCAAAAACAUCAUCAAUGCCGCCAAGCGGAAAAACAGUCCGUCUCCUGGGGCACUGAGCAGCCGCAGUCUGCCCAUCUCCCCAGUGAACGGCGGGAUCGUGCCUUACGAACACAAACCAGUCAGUCCAUUUCAGCCACGGAUGCUGGGGGCUCAAUCGCCCACCCUUACCAGUCCCUCUCCCACCCGCAUGAUCCACUCUCCGGUGCAGUUGUACAACGCCCGCUCGCUGACUGACUCUGAUGCCUCGGUCGAGUCUGAGGAUUCAGGUCUGCGCUCUCCUGGAGUGCGCAGCUACAAUACCUGCCCCCGUGGCUGGACCGGCAGUCUGCAGGUGAAGAGGGGAGGCGUGCCCGAAGAUCUGUAGAAAGCACUUAGGGAUGAUUUAUCCUUCAGCCUGAUUUCGUUGUAGACCAAAGUGUCCCUUAAAUAUUGAAUGUAAAGCAUUGUGGAUUUUUCAGUACAUUGCAUACAGUACAGUAUGUUACUAUGUUGACUCUGUGAUGGAAUCUGUUCAUGUUAAAGAAAUACAUUGUCGUUCAAAAGUUUGGGUCAGUAAGUUUUUUUUUUUCUCAGCAAGGACGCA